UUCUCCGUCGAUGGCCUGGUCGCCGUCAUCACCGGCGGCGGCACCGGCAUCGGCCGCAUGAUGGCGCACGCUCUCGCCCUCAACGGCGCUCAAAAAGUGUACAUCCUCGGCCGACGAACCGACCAACUCGACUCCUGUGCCUCCGCCUCCCCAUCCAUCAUCCGACCGAUAGAAUGCGACGUAACAUCCAAGUCCUCCCUCGAGGACGCCGCCGACAUCGUCAUGUCCGAAGUGGGGUAUAUCAACUUUCUCGCCUGUAACGCUGGCACGGGGGGACCGCGCUCAUUCACCCUCCCGUCGACGGGGGCAUCGAUAACGGAAUUUGCGAAAGCGCAGUGGGAGGUUGAUAUGGAUGAGUACGUGGAUACGUUUCGGGUCAACACGGCAGCGGUGUGGUAUACGGCGAUGGCAUUUUUAGAGCUUCUCGAUGCGGGUAAUAAGAAGGGGAAUGUGAGUUGGUCCAGCCAGAUCGUCGCGACGAGCAGUGUGGCUGCGUUUAAUCGGGCGACACCGGGAAAUUGGGCGUACGCGCAGAGUAAAGCCGGUGUGACACAUAUGAUGAAGCAAUUGGCGACGGGGCUGGUUCCGUAUGGAAUUCGGGCGAAUUCGAUAGCGCCGGGAGUGUUUCCUUCUGAAUUGUCAGCAGCCAUGGUCGCGAGAGGACCACCGUCGAGGGAACAAUUCCCGGCUGAGCGAUUCGGCGAUGAAGAGGACAUGUCCGGGGUGAUUCUGUUCAUGGCCAGUCGAGCAGGGGCGUAUAUGAAUGGGAAUGUCGUCUUGGUGGAUGGAGGGAGUCUGUCUGUCAUGCCAGCCACAUAUUAGGUGAUAGCUCAAUGGUAAAAUGAUGGAUAUGCAGCAAAAAGGGGGAUCUAAUUAUAUUCGCUGGCACAGUGGAGACAGACAGCCUUACAGCCACUCCAAUCGAGUCAAGAAUACCGAAGCCAUCAAAGAAACAGUCUAUCGUGCAUUCUGAUUGGCGGAUGCAAUGGGGGCCGUGACUCCGCCCUGAUGAUCUACAUUGGAUGCACCACACAACAGCUUCAUCUUCUCAAGGAUUCAG